ACUAGAAGCACAAAAUAGUUGCAAAAUAGCCGUCCAGUUCUCACCCCAGAGAGGGAAAAAUCGUUCUCAAACGGCAAUCUUCGCGCCAAAAUUUCGAUCGAAAAGAAGCUCUCAAUAAUUGAAAUUCAAAACCCUAACACUGAAAUCAAGAUCCCGCCUUUCAAACCCUUCAAUCCCUCGCACCUUAUCCUAUUCGCCGUCACUAUAACAUCCGCCCAUCAACUGCUCGAUAAAAUCUCCCAACCAGCCAGAGAGAACGUAAGAUUCAGGAUUUCCAUCUAUCAGAGAUGUACGUGGUGAAGAGGGACGGGCGGCAGGAGUCGGUUCACUUCGACAAGAUCACCGCAAGGCUGAAGAAACUUAGUUAUGGCCUUAGCCAGGAGCACUGCGACCCUGUGCUCGUUGCCCAAAAAGUAUGCGUUGGGGUCUACAAGGGAGUCACCACCACACAGCUUGACGAGCUUGCAGCCGAGACAGCUGCAGCCAUGACGGCUAAUCAUCCUGACUAUGCCUCGCUUGCUGCUAGGAUCGCGGUCUCUAAUCUGCACAAGAAUACAAAGAAAUCGUUUUCUGAGACGAUAAAGGAUAUGUACAACCAUUUCAAUGAGAGGUCGGGGCAAAAGGCGCCUUUGAUUUCUGAUGAUGUUUAUGAGAUCAUCAUGAAGAAUGCUACUCGUGUUGAUAGUGAGAUCAUUUAUGAUAGAGACUUUGAUUAUGAUUACUUUGGCUUUAAAACUCUCGAGAGGUCCUAUCUUCUAAAAUUAUCUGGGAAAGUGGUGGAAAGGCCCCAGCAUAUGCUGAUGAGAGUUGCUAUAGGGAUUCAUAAAGAAGAUAUUGAUUCUGCCAUCAAAACUUAUCAUCUGAUGUCACUACGGUGGUUUACUCAUGCUUCUCCUACCUUGUUCAAUGCGGGCACUCCUAGGCCUCAGCUAAGCAGCUGCUUCCUCAUUUGCAUGAAAGAUGAUAGCAUUGAGGGAAUAUAUGAUACCUUAAAAGAGUGUGCUAUAAUAAGCAAAUCUGCUGGUGGAAUUGGCGUCUCCAUCCACAACAUUCGUGCCACUGGGAGUUACAUUCGUGGGACAAAUGGUGUUUCAAAUGGCAUAGUUCCAAUGCUACGGGUUUUUAAUGAUACUGCUCGCUAUGUUGAUCAAGGAGGAGGGAAAAGGAAAGGUGCAUUUGCGGUGUACUUGGAACCAUGGCAUGCUGACAUUUUUGAGUUCCUUGAUCUUAGAAAAAAUCAUGGGAAGGAAGAACACAGGGCACGAGAUCUGUUCUAUGCACUCUGGAUACCUGAUAUAUUUAUGGAACGGGUCCAGAGCAAUAAAGAAUGGUCACUUUUUUGCCCAAACGAAGCUCCUGGUUUGUCUGACUCUUGGGGUGAAGAGUUCAACAACUUGUACACAAAAUAUGAAAAAGAGGGCAAGGCCAGUAAGAUUGUUUCGGCACAAAGCCUAUGGUUUGAGAUUCUUAAAUCCCAGAUUGAGACUGGAACACCCUAUAUGUUAUAUAAGGAUGCUUGCAAUAGAAAAAGCAAUCAAAACAACCUUGGAACCAUAAAGUCUUCAAAUUUGUGUACUGAGAUAAUAGAGUUCACCAGUCCCGAUGAAACUGCUGUAUGCAAUUUGGCAUCAAUUGCUUUACCUCGAUAUGUGAUGGAAAAGAAUGUACCUAUAGAUUCACAUCCAUCAAAGCUGGUUGGAAGCAUUGGAGCGAAAAAUAGAUUUUUUGAUUUUGACAAGUUAGCUGAGGUGACUGAAAUAGUUACACAGAACCUCAACAAGAUAAUUGACAUUAACUAUUACCCAGUUGAAACAGCUAGGAGAUCUAACUUACGCCAUAGGCCAAUUGGCAUUGGCGUUCAAGGCUUGGCUGAUACUUUCAUCUUACUUGGCUUAGCUUUUGAUUCAGCGGAGGCCCAACAAUUGAACAAGGACAUUUUUGAGACCAUAUACUACCAUGCUUUGAACGCUUCUUCUCAACUUGCUUCCAAAGAAGGCCCAUAUGAAACAUAUCAAGGAAGUCCAAUUAGUAAGGGCAUUCUCCAACCGGACAUGUGGAAUGUAAUCCCUUCAUCCCGGUGGGAUUGGCCUGCUUUGAGAGAAAAAAUUGCUAGGAAUGGAGUAAGAAACUCCCUUCUUGUUGCUCCAAUGCCCACUGCUUCUACUAGUCAGAUUCUUGGAAACAAUGAGUGCUUUGAGCCAUACACAUCGAACAUCUAUAGUCGCCGGGUUUUAAGUGGAGAAUUUGUUGUAGUGAACAAGCAUCUUCUAAAUGAUUUAACUGAGAUGGGUCUCUGGUCUAGUACUCUUAAAAACAAGAUUAUUUAUGAAGAUGGUUCCAUCCUUAAGAUUCCAGAAGUUCCAGAGCACCUUAAGGCAAUUUACAAAACUGUGUGGGAGGUAAAGCAAAGAACCAUUGUUGACAUGGCUAUUGAUAGAGGAUGCUACAUUGAUCAGAGUCAGAGCUUAAAUAUUCAUAUGGAUCAGCCCAACUUUGGAAAACUGACUUCUCUACACUUCUAUGCCUGGUCUAAGGGUCUUAAGACAGGCAUGUAUUAUCUCCGUUCGCGCGCAGCAGCUGAUGCAAUCAAGUUCACAGUCGAUACAUCUCUUCUCGCAAAGAAUGAACAAGCAAUGGAAAAUGGCGUAGAAGUUGGCAUGGCACAACUUGCUUGUUCUUUAGAAAAUAGAGAUGCCUGCAUGGCUUGUGGAAGCUGAUAUCACUACUUUGCUUCGACUAUCUGUGCAUUCAGAAGUCCUCGCUGAUGUGACUUACUUCCUGUAAGUCCAAGCUGCAGCUCAUCUAGUCUCUUCCAUGGAGUCAUUGUUCAAUUGCUAAAACUUAAAUUAUGUUGUUCUUAAAGUAGUCCAUCUUUAAAAUGGCAUUUAAUUGUAUUUUACAUUAAGUAUGGCCUCUUUUGGCCCUUUAGCAAAUGCAUUUCUCCCUUGGAAGUUGAUAUUA